AUGAGCUCUGAGAUGAACGGUCCACCAGCUCAGAGCCAACUGACAGAGACAGACAGUAGACUACAGAGGAGGGCUAAUGCACUGCGGAGGAAACGGGAUCUCCUAGGGGAGGAGACAUUCAGUCCACUUCUCUCUGAAGCAACUCUCCCUCGCAGUGUUCUACACAAUUACACCGCCCGCGAUGCCUCCUCAGAGUACUGUGGCUGUCUGAAUGGGGGCUGGUGUCAGGAGGGAGGUGUGUGUGACUGUGCACAGUUCCAGGCCCUCGGAGACCGCUGCCAGAUCAUUCCUAACCAGGGCCAAGACAGAGAUGGGAUCUGCAGGUCUUGGGGUCAGCACCACUAUGAGACGUUCGAUGGCAGCUACUUCUACUACCCUGGAACCUGCUCCUACAUACUGGCCCAGGACUGCCGCUCAGCCACACCACAGUACACAGUGUGGGUCCAUAACAGCCGUGUGUGUGAGGGCAGUGUGUACUCCUGUCCCAGGGCUCUCAGUCUCUUCUUCCCCAACGAGGAGGAGAUCCACAUCUCUGGAUACCAAGUCCACCAGGGGGGCCGCAGGCUGAGCCUGCCCCAAACAAUAGGAGGUGUGUUUAUAGAGCGUCUGGCUGACUACCUUCUGGUGAAGAGUGUGUUUGGCUUCUCUCUGGCGUGGGACGGAGAGAGCGGAGUAUAUCUGAAGAUGUCUGAACAGCACCACGGCACCCCCUGUGGCCUCUGUGGGAACUAUAACAACCUGCCCAACGAUGACCUCACCACUGCCCGCGGUGUGCAGACAGAGGAGCCAGCCGUGUUUGCUAACAGCUGGUCAGUAGAUCUGCCCCAUGAGAGAGGUUGUCCUCUGGUGGACAUUGACUUCACUGGACCCUGCCACUCUGAGUCUGAUAUGGACGAUGCCAUAGAGAAGUGCAGUGCUCUCCUGUUCUUCCCCUUCCUGUCCUGUCAUGAUAACAUUGAUCCAAACCCCUACGUGGCCAGCUGUGUCGCUGACCUCUGUGUGUCUGAUGAUGAGGAAACGUUUUGUCGUGCGUUGGUGGAGUACACACGAGCCUGCAGCCAUGUAGGAUACCCUGUACGAGAGUGGCGAGACAGCUUCCCUUCCUGCAAUGAUGGUUGUGAGGAGAGUUUUGUCCAUAGAGACUGUAUUAGCUGCUGCCCUCCCACCUGUACCUUUGACAAGGAAUGUCUAGGAACCAACUUGCACUGUCUGGACGGAUGCUACUGCCCUGAUGGGUUGAUUCUACAGAAUGGGACGUGUAUAGCAGUGUCUCAGUGUCCUUGUGUCUAUCACGGCACCUCAUAUACACAGGGACACACUCUGGAGCAGGGCUGCAGCGUCUGUGUGUGUAUGGGGGGAGUGUGGAACUGCACAGAGAACAACUGUACAGCGGAGUGUUCAGUAGUCGGUGAUGUGUUUGUGACGUCGUUCGAUGGGAGGAUGUUCCUGCAGCCGGGGGCGUGUCAGUACGUCUUGGUUAAGAGCCGGAUUGGCAACAGAUUCACUGUUACUGUUCAGUACACCACCUGCACAGAGGCCCAGCAGCAGGCGUGUAUCCAGUCGGUGACAGUGGUACUGGAUGAAAAUGUUAGUCACCAGGUGACUCUGACCCGAGAGGGGGAGGUGCUUAUAGGGGUCAACCCCGCUCCCACCUUGCCCUACACCAAUGAUGUAGUGGAGGUGCAGAGGCUAACGUCGGUGUUCGUCCAGCUGAGGACCUUGCUUGGACUGCGUCUGCAGUAUGACGGCCGUGGUGGGCGCGUCUACCUACAACUGGACAGCCAAUGGCGUGGGAACACGCUAGGCCUUUGUGGAACCUUCAACGGAAAUCUUCGGGACGACUUCCUUUCUCCAGCAGGGAUGAUAGAGGGGACUCCCCAGCUCCAUGCUAACUCCUGGAGGGUCUCAUCUGCUUGCGCCGCCCCCAUCAACCAGCCAAUCAUCGACCCCUGUGAGAUGAACCAGCACAACGUGUUCUAUGCCUCUCUGUGUGAGGUUUUGAUGGGGAGUGUGUUUUCUCCCUGCCAUGGUUACGUCAGUCCCAGUGUGUACCAGCAACAGUGUCGCUACCAGGCAUGUCGCUGUGGAAACACCUGUCUGUGUACGGCCCUGGCCCACUACACUUACCUCUGCUCCAAACACCAUGUUGCAGUCAACUACAGGGCCCACGUCUCAGAGUGCGGUGUGGUGUGUAUGGGUGGGAUGCUGUUCCAUUCCUGUGUGUCGUCCUGUGGCCGCUCGUGCCGCUCCCUCUCCAGUGGAGAGACCUGUAACCAUGAUGACUGUGCUGAGGGGUGUGGCUGCUCAGAGGGCAGUUACUACGAUGACGUACGACAACGCUGUGUUCAGUUGUCUCAGUGUCAUUGCUACUCUAUUGGCGGAGUGUCCCAGCCAGGGGAGGUGUCCUUCAGCGCCGCCGGCCCUUGCCUUUGCAGGAAUGGAAGGAUGGAGUGUGUACCAGAAGAAAGAGAGCCGGAGCGAGGCCAGUGUCCGGAGGGAAAGGUGUUCCACGGCUGUUCUGAGCCCCAGGGGGUCCAGGGGGUGGUGGCUUGGCGAGGAGGUGUGGCCUGUGAGCUCACCUGUCGGAACCUGAUGUUGAACCUCACCUGUCCUCCCACCACACCCUGCAUACCUGGCUGUGUCUGCCCACCUGGGCUGGUUCUGCACCGUGGGGAGUGUUACUACCCAGAGAACUGUCCCUGUGCCUGGCUGGGCCUGGAGUAUCUGCCAGGAGAGACCGUCGACACCCCCUGUUACAGAUGUGUGUGUCACCGGGGGUAUUUUAACUGUAAUUACUCUCCGUGUCCGGCAGUAUGUACGGUCUACAGCGACAGACACUACCACACCUUCGACGGCCUGGAGUAUGACUAUCACUCGGACUGUCAGGUCUACUUACUCAAGAGUAUAGAUGGUGAGGUGUCCAUCGUGGCCCAGAAUAAGGAUUGUUAUCAGAGUGGGAUCGUCUGUAUGAAGAUGCUGGUCAUCCAUGUUGGAUUCACCAAGAUUUACUUCAACGACAACUCAGGCCAGCCUAGCCCCUCCAGUGUGGUAGGUAAGGGGUCAGAGUUUGAGCUGUGGUCAGCAGGCUACUACACAGCCAUCCACUUCCCCAAACAGGACCUGACCGUUCUCUGGGACCGCAAGACAACCGUGCACAUCAGAGCUGGACCACAGUGGAAGGGUCUCCUGAGUGGUCUGUGUGGGAACUUUGACAGUGUGACGGUGAAUGACAUGACCACGUCCAGUCACAUGGAGGUCAGCAAUGCUCAGGGCUUUGGAGACAGCUGGGCUCUGGGACAGUGUGAGAGUGACUAUGUGGUGAAGAGAGCGUGUGAAGGAGACCUGGGUAGACAGCCGUACGCCAAGAGAGAGUGUGCACUACUCUACAGUGACAUCUUUAUCCCCUGUCACAACGUGGUGGAUGUAUCAUGGUUCUAUAGGAACUGCUUGACAGACACGUGUAACUGUAACCGAGGCGGAGACUGUGAGUGUCUGUGUACGUCCAUUGCUGCCUAUGCACACACCUGCUGUCAAAACGGUGUCACUGUGGUCUGGAGAAACCCCUCUGUCUGCCCCUAUGAUUGUGAAUACUACAACCAAGAGUUAGGUGAAGGACCGUUUUCGGUGGUCAGUGCUGUAUAUAACGCUACAGUCUUCGGUGUGAACAGAACCAGUGGGUCAGUGUUUCCUCUAGUUAGGGAGUUCGUAGGCGGGCUGCCUCCCCCUGGGCUACUCUUCAACUUCAUGAUCACAGCAGGCCUACAGAAGGACCGCACAUCACGUCUCCCGGUGGUCUCUCUGGAGUCAGCAGAGCGUCCUAACUACUUCCUGGUUGUGUCUGAGCGUACUGGACUGCGGUUGGAGCAGUGGACCCGAGGGGAGGAGUUUGGCCACAGGGCUUCCUUCCUGCAGCACCAGGGGGUGUUCCUGCCUGGCCACACCUCUUUUGAGCUGAUUGGCCAGCCAGGAGUGUUCCUGACUCUGACACGCACGUCUGCACGAGCUCAGAAAUAUGACAACUCUGACAACUUCAAGACCAGCAGCUCCUUUACCCUGGAAGAGAGCAGUUUUGUGAUCCCGUACCGCAUGAUGUGUGAGUGGCGCUACCAUGCAUGUGCCAGUCCGUGUGUCCGUACAUGCAGCGACCCCGCUGCCACACGCUGCCACUUCCUGCCCCCGGUGGAGGGCUGUUUCCCUCGCUGCCCCAAAAACAUGGUUCUUGAUGAAGUCACCAGGAGAUGUGUCUACACAGAGGACUGUGUGUCCCUACCUCCCACUCCUACACCCUACGCCUUCGUAAACCGAACGACCACCACCCCAACUACUACUACUGUUAGGUCUACUAGUACUAUUACUACAUCUAGGACCACGACUACUAGUACCAGAACUACAACCAGUGCUGCCUCUACAACUGUUACUGCCACCAGAGCCCCCACUACGCCCAGUACAGCCCACCUAACAGAGAGUUUCACUCCCACCCUCACCCCUCCUCACUCCCCCUCUCCUCCUCCCCCUUCUCUGCCUGCAUCCUCCACCCCCACUGUGACUGAGGACACCCCUUUACCUGCAGUCUCUCCCUCCAUCUCCCCCUCUCCCUCCCCCACCAUUACUAGCAGCACCACUGGGGUCACGACCCCGACCUUGACCCCUGCAGUGGUCACUAGAGUAACUAUGGAAAUGCCAUCCCCUACUUCCCCCAGCCUGGUAGUGACCGAAUCCACCACUCCUCUUCUCUCUCCUGAUUCUCCCUCUCGCACUCCCCCUCCUCCCCCUCCUGCUACCCCUCCCCAGCCUUCCACCCAGCCUUCCAGCUCCCCCUCAGCUCCCCCUAUCUCCUCCCCCACUUCCUUUUCCCUUCCUCCCCCUCUCUCCUCCUCCACCCCCACCCUGACCACCACAGAAACACACCGUCCUGUUGCUACGCCCACGGAGACUACCUCUGUAUUCCCAGUCAUUUAUGACACCUCCGUUACCAUGUCGACAUCACCCCCCGAGACGACGGAGUCCAUAACAACGGAAACAGCCACUAGCCCAGACUCCUCUCAUACACCUGAGGCAGUCAGCAUGCCGACAGUGCUGUCCCCCUUCCUCCUGCCCACCACCCCCUGCACACCCCCGUAUUCCUACCGUGUUGAUGAAUGUGCAGAGCUGAUCUGUUUUAACGGGGAGCUGCUCCUCCAUAACUCCUCCCUCCACUGUCGGUACAACACCACUCCUCCUCGCUGCUCUCUGCUGGGCAUGGCUGUCCUCACCAACACCGACCCCUGCUGCCCGCUCUGGCAGUGCCCCUGUCGCUGCUCUGUGAUGUCAGACCUGCGUGUGAUAACGUUUGACGGUAACAACGUGGCGCUGUAUGAUAACGGCUCCUACAUCCUGGUCUACCUGCCCACAGAGAACAUCAUAGGAACAGUGAACAAAUGCCCUACCAGCCAGAGCGUCAACUCCAUCAGACGACCUAGCCCUAGUGGUGGAACGUCAGGUCUGUGUUUCAAGAACUUGAACAUCACCACUCCCUCCUACAGGAUCAUCAUCAACCGUCUUGACCGCAAGGUGUCAGUGAACCACAUCAAGGCGCGGCUGCCUUUCUCCCGCCAGGCUCUGUCAGUAGAGGACACAGGCAGUAUGUACCUGAUCACCACUCCUGGAGGAGUCAACAUACAGUGGUACCACAGCACUGGCAUCAUGGUGCUGCAAUACACCGCCCUCUCCAACACAUCUGCUCCUACUAGAGGCCUCUGUGGGUGUUGUGACGGGAACCCGGCUGAUGACCUGAAGCUGCCUAACGGUACGGUAGUGAGGGAGGUGGCAGACCUGGGUCUGUUCCUGCAGGCCUGGAGGGUCCACACCUCAGAGGACACGGAACACACACGACGCAUCGGAGACAACUGUACCACUGGAGACUGCUCCACCUGUCUCUCCAUGCUCAGACAGAGACCUUUCACUCCCUGCCACAGCAAGGUGUCUCCAGAGCAGUUCUGUGAUGUGAUGUGGGCAGGGGACCUCCACUAUAAGGCCCACCAGUGUGACUUCCUGGCAGCCUACGUAGCUGUCUGCUACACUUACCAAGUCUGCAUCAACUGGAGACGACACAACUUCUGCCCGUUGAGGUGUCCUUCAGGUAGGGAGUACCAGGCGUGUGUGUCGACCUGUACCACCCGGACCUGUCAGAACAGAGAGUUCUAUGAGGAGACCACCUGCUCCCACAUCAGAGAGGAGUGUGUGUGUCGCUCUGGAACCAUCCUGCACCGAGCAGACUCCACUUACUGCGUCACAGAGGAGCAGUGUGUGUGUACGGAUAACGAGGGGUCUCCGCGGGCCCCUGGGGAGGUGUGGAAUGGGUCAUUGCGUGGCUGCUGUCUGUUCCGCUGCCUGGAGAACGGUUCUGUGGUGGCAGUAGAACCUGACUGCAGCUUUAGUCCCACUCCGCUGUGUGAGAGGGAGGGAGAGUACGUACUGGAUGUCCUGGAAGAGGGGGCUUGCUGUCCCAAGAAGAUCUGUGAGUGUAAUCUGACCAUCUGUGAGAGUGAGGCUCCGCCCUGUGAAAAUGGGAACCGGCUGGUGAUUGGUUACAGUGCCUUGUCCUGCUGCCCAGAGUACCGUUGUGAGUGCGACCCCCAUGCCUGUCCCCCCGUCACCGCCCCUGAGUGCAGAGAAGAUCAGUUCCUCGUGGAGGUCCGUGAGGACAACUCCUGCUGUUACUCCUUCCUGUGUGUGUGUGAGUCAUGUAUCGAGCCCGUCCCAGCCUGUUCCGAUGGCGAGAUAUUAGCUGUGAAUCUAAACACCACUAACAGCUGCUGCCCUCAAUACCACUGUGUGUGUGAUGUGAACCUGUGUCCUGAGUCGUCUCUGACCUGCUCUCCUGGCCUGUCUUUGGUCCAAACCACCCACCCUGGACACUGCUGCCCCGACCACCGCUGUGAAUGCCAGUGUGAGGACAGCUCUCUCCCAGUCUGUCAGGUGGGGGAGGUACAGGUGGAGGUUCCAGACAGCAGAAGCAUCUGUGGCUGCCCCCGCUACACCUGCAAGAAGGCAGAGGUGUGUGUGUUCCAGGGAGUCACGGUGCUGGGGCCAGGGCAGAGCCUGAUUCAGUACUAUGAAGGAGAGCUGUGUUACACCGUACACUGUCUGACACACCGUGACACACACACCGGAUACUACGCCAUGGACGUGUCCGCUGUCAACUGCUCUCAGAAGUGUGGCCCGCACCAGCUUUACGCAGCAUCGUCAGAUCCUCAGGUGUGCUGUGGCUCCUGUAAGAACGUCUCCUGUUCCUUCAACAUCCACAACAGAACCACUGAGGUCUUCACUGCGGGGAGCUCCUGGGUAGAUAACUGUACACGGUACGACUGUGUGGAGACGGCAGGGGGAACCGUGGUGCUGGCCUCAGGGGUGGUCUGCCCCCCCUUCAACGACACAGAGUGCACUCAGAAUGGGGGCGUGGUCCAGAGCUAUGUGGACGGCUGUUGCAGAACGUGUAAGGAGGACGGUAAGAUGUGUAAGCGUGUAGCAAUCCGAACCACCAUCAGGAAAGACGACUGCAGGAGCAACGCGCCGUUGACAGUGUAUUCGUGUGAUGGGAAGUGUCCGUCUGCCACCAUCUUUAACUUCAACAUCAACAGCCACGCCCGCUUCUGUAAGUGCUGCAGAGAGAGUGGACUACAAUCCCGCUCCGUCACCCUCUACUGCUCACGCAAUGCUACCCUGGUGGACUACAGCUUCCAGGAACCUCUAGACUGCUCCUGCCUAUGGAACUAAAGAUAUCUACUGUAAUCCAGGGGUAGGCAACUAGAUUCAGGAGGAUGGUCGGGGGCAUGGAAAAUUAUUAUAAUAAUUUGUACACUGUACACACACUGAAGAAGGCUGUAAAGACGAAACAUCUGUGUACGCUAUCCCUGAUGCAGUAGAAAAAUGUAACAUAUUGAAUAAUGAAGUAAGCUUUAUGCAACAUAUUUUGUGAACCCAUUACACCUCUUUGUUUGUCUGAAUUCACAGGUUUUAUGCACCAGCCAAGCUUCUGGGAGAGCGUGAUAGUUCUCUUUUGAUUAGUUACACUGCAAAUUGACCACAACUAAGCCAAAAAAUAAAUGCUAUUUGAAAAUAACAAUCAUUUCAUACAUUGAGACACGUCUUUUUUUUUGUGGGAAUACUUGGAAACAUUUCCUAAACUAAAGUCAUUUUUAGCUGAAUUCCUGGUGAUUUUACAGUCUUUUUUAACGUAAAACUAAAGUCUAUCUACCCUGAUCUAGUCAAUGUGAGCUCCAGUAUGGUAAACAGUAGGUUGGACGGAGGAUGGAAGGUUAGAGGUCAGACAGGUGAAGACUCCAGGUAGGCGAGUUCUUUAGUCUUCCUUCAGUCUGUUGUUGAAGGGUGUAUGCUGGCCUGUUGUAGUGACCCUGUCAUUACAGAUGUGUAGGGCUGUAACCAGUUCCUCCUGUACUAUGAUAACACUAGUCCUAUCUGUACUGCUGUAGCCUGCUCCUCCUCGUGUGUAACACUAGCUAGUCCUCUCUGGCUUUAUAAUGUUCAGAUCAGUUGGUCCCAGCUGACAGGACUACUGCUGAUUUAGUAUGUCAGUGAUCUAGUUCUCUCCUGAUGACUGACAUGUUUAAUAUGCCGCUAAUAUUUGUCUUAGAACAAAAAAGAUUCAUUACAAAUGUAAAGCUUUUAUACAAAAUUAUUUGGAUUUAAAUCAAUUAAUUAUUAAUCCACCUAAGCAUCUGGAAGUAGAUGAUCUGUAAUUCUACAGAAGGCUGUAUCUGCUGUGUUGUUUAUUGUGAAGCAUUGUGCCAGUAAUCAUACAGUAUCUGCUGUGUUGUUUAUUGUGAAGCAUUGUGCCAGUAAUCAUAUAGUAUGUGCUGUGUUGUUUAUUGUGAAGCAUUGUGCCAGUAAUCAUACAGUAUCUGCUGUGUUGUUUAUUGUGAAGCAUUGUGCCAGUAAUCAUACAGUAUGUGCUGUGUUGUUUAUUAUGAAGCAUUGUGCCAGUAAUCAUAUAGUAUGUGCUGUGUUGUUUAUUGUGAAGCAUUGUGCCAGUAAUCAUACAGUAUCUGCUGUGUUGUUUAUUGUGAAGCAUUGUGCCAGUAAUCAUACAGUAUGUGCUGUGUUGUUUAUUAUGAAGCAUUGUGCUAGUAAUCAUACAGUAUCUGCUGUGUUGUUUAUUGUGAAGCAUUGUGGCAGUAAUCAUAUAGUAUGUGCUGUGUUGUUUAUUAUGAAGCAUUGUGCCAGUAAUCAUACAGUAUGUGCUGUUGCCAUCACACAGAUGUUACCACUCAGAAUAGAACAAUAAAAUACUCAACAGUG